AUGUAUGCAAAGAGUGGCAGCAUUGAGGAUGCCCAUCAGGUUUUUGAGAAUCUUUCAGCGAAGGACAGGAUAGCUUGGACAGCUAUGAUUGAUGGAUAUGCACAGCAUGGGCAAGGUAGAAAAGCCUUAGACUUGUUUAAUCAGAUGAUAGCAGCAGACAUCGAUCCUAAUGGAAUCGCCUUGGUCAGCAUCCUAAAUGCUUUCAGUCAUUCAGGUCUGGUAAGAGAGGGUCUCUGCUUAUUUCGGCUCAUGUCUUCAGCUUAUGGAAUCAAACCAGUGGUCAACCAUUAUGCAUGUGUUGUGGACCUUUUGGGGCGUGCAGGUCGGCUGGAAGAGGCAUUUAAGUUCAUAAUAACAAUGCCGAUAGAACCAAAUCCCACUAUAUGGAGAUCACUUUUAGGAGCAUGCAGAAACCACAAGAAUCUUAAAUUAGGUAUCUGUGCUGCAGAACGUCUCCUUGAUUUGGAACCAGAAGAUGACGCAACUUAUGUGCUCUUAGCAAAUAUGUAUGCAUGUGCUGCCUGUUGGAAUAAAUCUUUUGAAGCACGGCAUGCGAUGAAGGAAAGGGGAUUAAGAAAGGCUCCAGGGCUAAGUUGGCUGGAGGUGGGGAAGAGCUUCCAUGUCUUUGGAUCCAGCGAUUCUUCACAUCCUCAAAAGGAGCAAAUAUACAAUGUACUGGGAUCUCUGAUGUGUGAGAUUAAGAAGGCUGGUUAUGUGCCACAAACCGAGCUUGCCUUGCAUGCAGUGGGUGAAGAGGAGAAAGAGAAACUGUUGCAUGACCAUAGUGAGAAACUUGCUGUUGCUCUCGGGCUUAUAAGUACACCUGCAGGAUCUUGUAUUCGAAUUUUCAAGAAUCUCAGAAUUUGUGGUGAUUGCCACAAUGCCAUUAAGUUUAUUUCUUUAUUAAAUGGAAGAAAAGUCGUGGUGAGGGAUGUCAGUAGAUUUCAUCACUUCUAUGAUGGUGCUUGUUCUUGUGGUGAUUAUUGGUGA